AUGGGAUAUACACUACAAUUACAAUGGACAUUCACACCACCUGCAGGUCGACCAAUUUCUUUAGCUGAUAUAAUCUUACCUAGAGUGUUAGAAAAUUACAAUUUACAUACGCCUUCAAGAUCAACUAUUCAAUUACGAACUUAUCGAGCUUCUUUUCCUUCUUCCAAUCCCGGUGCGAAUUCGACUUCAGAUGAUAUCAAUGCUGAAGGAAGUAAAUCGUCUUCUAGAUACUUGACUGCAAUAACAACUCUACCUACUCCAUCGCCAACCAACUCAAGCUCAAUUAAUAUUAAUAAUGGUAAUGUUGGUGGGAAUCUGGAAGAUAUAACGUAUUUAUUCCUUGAUGAUCGAUCUGUCAAUCCGGCAAACACCAGCACGAAUGGAUCAGUCCAAUUUGAGAUCAAUGGCAAGAAUCAAGUCCUUCAUCAAGGUCAGCAUGGUUCGAAUGAUGAUAUACCUAUAGACAUCGACCAAUCUGCCAACGGCCAAGAAGGACAAACGAUAGACUUAUUAGAGAAAGAUACUUUGGAUGAAGAUGGUUUCGAGAUUAUUGAUUCUGUAAAAUCAAAGGAACAACCAAAUGGUGCCAACGCAAAUCCUGAACAAGUUACAACCAAAGAAUCUAGUUCAAUUUCGAAAGAUACGCCUAUACCUGUAUCGUCUAAGACUAAAAUACCCAGUAGAUACAAGAUUUUAGUUGUUAGACCAACCUCGUCCGUUCAACCUAUGCUUCAGAGUUUACUUAGUCCUUUCAUUAUGGGUUUAACCAAAUCUGCCAGAGCAACGGCAUCCACAACAUCCUCAUUACCUACUCCUACAGCAUUACCGGGAUCUUCACUACUUCUCACUGUCUUGACAUUCUCUCCUUCUCCACCACCAUUCUCACAUCCAAUCAUAUUGCGGAUAUUCAUACUUCCAAAUCCUUCAGCAUCCUCCAUAUUCCUAGAAGCUGAAUAUACGUAUCCAAAGUCAAGCUCAGACCUAGAUUCAGUCGACGCUGGUAAACCAGAAGAAGUUUGUAAAUCGUUUUUAGAGGGUUGUCUGAUCGAAGGUCAGAUAUUAGGAGAAAAGAAAUGGUCAUACCUCGAUGAACAAGGUGGUUGGGAAGGUAUACAAAGGAACAAGAAAAGUAUAUUCUCAUUGGCUCAAUCGCUGAGAGAAGCCAGUUUCAUAUGA